AUGGUGGAGUGGGACAACAAGGCUGUAAACAUCAGUGAAUAUUUAAAAUUCAAGGGGAGAAUUAAGUUAGACAUAAAAACUGGGGCUGUAACCAUUACAAAUUUGACCAAGGAUGACAGUGGAUUGUAUGACGCAGAAGUUAUCAUUCGAGGAAAGUUAAUCAACUUAAAGCACAGAGUUGAAGUAACUGACCCUGUCACUAAAGCAAAGGUCACCUGCCUAAGCAAUGCAACACUACACUGUGAGGCAGAGGGUGACUCUCUGGAUUACAGCUGGUCUGGGCCUGGACUGCAGACUGCAGAGAUGAGGGGUCAGACUGGACCACAGAUCAGUAAGGAAAACCAGGACGCAGUCUACACCUGUGUGGUGAACAACCCAGUUGGUGACAGCAGUGUGACCUACCAUGCCAGUGACUGCUUUACCUCAGGUGCAUCCUCAAAAACCAUCAAUGCUGCCACUAAUGGAAUAGUAACCAUACAGCCCCUGGUUGAAGGAGAGAUAGAAGACAUUCUGUGGAAGCACAAAGGCAACAAGAUGGUGGAGUGGGACAAUACGGCUGUAAUCGUCAGAGAAUAUUUGACAUUCAAGGGGCGGAUUAAGUUGGAUGUAAAAACUGGGGAUGUAACCAUUCAAAAUUUGACCAAAGAUGACAGUGGAUUGUAUUAUGCAGAAGUUAUCAUUCGAGGAAAGUUAAUCAUCCGAAAUCACAACGUUGAAGUAACUGACCCUGUCACUACAGCAAAGGUCACCUGCCUAAGCAAUACAACACUUCACUGUGAGGCAGAGGGUGACUCUCUGGAUUACAGCUGGUUUGGGCCUGGACUGCAGACUGCAGAGAUGAGGGGUCAGACUGGACCACAAAUCAGUAAGGAGAACCAGGACUCAGUCUACAGCUGUGUGGUGAACAACCCCGUUAGUGACAGCAGUGUGACCUACCAUGCCAGUGACUGCUUUACCUCAGGAGAUCAUCAGCUCAUCCUAGGUGUAGUGUGUGCUGUUGUUGGAGUCAUUGCUCUUGCUGGGUUGGGCUAUUACUGCUACAAGAUCAACUCAAGAGGGCAGACACACACUGGGAAUGAGAUCAAACGUGAGACAACUGGAAAGAUUAUACCCAACCAAAAGAUGGAGGAGAGUGUACUGUUGUUCCCUGGAAAACCUCAAGCUUCAUCUUUUGCAGAAACACAAAAUACCUGUGAUCAAUCUUUAAACUCAGUUGAAGGUGAACCUACAGGUGAUAUUCAUGAAGGGCAGAAAGAGAGAAUAGUGGAAGGGGGUAGUUUAGAUGGACAAUCUUCAAAUUCAGUUCAGGAUAAACCUCCCGCUUAUGAUGAAGAAAUGAACAGCAACAUUUCUGAUGUUUUCAAUGAAGGUAAAAUGGCAGGUUAUGUUCAGGCCAUGAAACAACUAUAUGAACUAAUUCCUGUUGAAGACAAGGUAAAACAUUUUGAAAAAAUGGCUCUAAUGAUCCCAACAACUCGUUAUGUUCCCAUGAAUGUCCCGGGCCCCUUUAAGGAAUCAGACUCUACACCAAAGUCUGAUGAGAGUGCUGAUCCUGAUCAUCAUAUAGGUUCCUCCUCUGGAUCACCCAGACAGUCUGGAGACGCUGAUCAUACAUUUAGUGAUGACAGUAAGUCUCCUCUUCUGCACCUGAGGAACGUAGAGAGCACGUGUGAGAAUGAAAGAGGCACAAACACAGGGACAGUGAAACAAAACCAGAGCACCAUCAACAAACACCCCUCUGGAUCAGCAGGAAAUACCAGCACUGAUGCCAGAGAUACACUAUCAUGUGAAAGGAUGAAGGAGAGUGUGAAUGUAGGAGACAAUUCAAGUGGAAAAACAAUUAUAACAGGCAGUCAAGCUACUCACACAGCAGCAACAAAUACCUGUGACAGGUCUUCAGAUGCUGAGGAUAGAGUAACAGGUGAUGUUCAAGAUGAAAAAAUGGAUACCACUGUUAGGCUCAGCAAUGAUGACGUCAACAAUAUACCAAUGCAUGAAGGGCAGAAAGAGCGAAUAGGGGAAGGGGGUAGUUUAUAGAUAGACAAUCUUCAAAUUUAGUUUAGGAUAAACCUGCUGUUCAUGAUGGAAUGAAACAGCAUGAAGAAAUGAACAGCAAUCCCACAGAUGUAAAGAACACACCAACUUCUGAUGUUUCCAAUGUAGGUCAACCUCCAUCUCGCGUUGAAACCAUAAUAAAAUAACUUUCAGAUGGACAAUCUUCAAAUUCAGUUCAGGAUUAACCUGCUAGUCUGUACUCUGCAACAAGGUCUGAUGACAUUGCUGAUCCUUCCUCAACAUUUGUAACAUGCCCACAAGCAGAUUCCUCCUCUGGGUCCAGCCUGUCCAUGUACACUGAUGCUGCUAGUGUUGCCAGUAAGACUUAUUGUUCAGCUGACAUGAAUAUGGAGGGGAUGUGUGGAAAUGAGAAAGAAACAAACACAGUAGCUGAGGAACAGAACCAAACUGCCGACCCGGCACUCUCUGGAUCAGCAGGAAGCAUCAGGAAUGAUGACGUCAUCAACACAUUACCACAUAGAGGGCAGGAAGAGGGAAUGCAGGUUGACGAUAGUUCGGACGAAGAUUUAUAGACGAUAGUUAUCCAGACUUCAACAGAUAAUCAAGAUACAACAUUUCCUGAAGAACCAAACACAUAUGCUAAGUCUUCCAACAGUACUGGUGACAAACCUACAAGUGAUGUUAAAGCUGAAAUAGCAAUGACUGAAGGUAAAAGUAAUUCAGCAUCUGUGAAGUGCUCCAAUACUGACUGAUGAUCCAGUGAUUGCACAAUCUGCUGGCACACAAGCUCAUUCACACAGUGAUACACUUGACACCCCAAUUGGACCCCCAGACCCAAGUCAAAAUGCUUACAGAAGAACUGAAAGAACCUUCAGACAACCCCCAAGGUAUCGAAUCAAAUCAAAUCAAAUCCAAAAUCAUUAUAUUCAAUAACUUCAUUAUGUAUUUUGUUGUCUUUUUCUGCAAUCAACCACCAUUUUGUCCUAUGUGUAAACUUCUACUCACAACCAUUGUUUUCAGUUUUGAAACUGAAUUAAUUGUAUUACUGUAUGUUCUUGUUGGUUCUUACCAAUCUUUUGUACAUUUGUAUCAGCAGAAAAUAACAUGAUGGCAGCCACAUCUAUCUUGAUGAUGCAUAUCAUAAUUCUUGGCUUUUAGAUAUUUGUUACUGGACAGGGCCGUCCUGUAAGAAUAACAAAGGCAAACUA